CGCGUUGCAUUCUGGUCUUGGUAGUCUUCUGAGCCAGAGGAAGCUGUUGUAGCGGAAUCCGAAGAAUUUUUGAGGUGCUCCGCCGCCAACUCAGCCUUGUCUGGACCGUGCUCUCCGCUGUUCUUUUCCACCACCACUGUGAGAUUCAAGGGAAACAGAAAUGUCUCAGGGCGAAAAGCUAAAGCAAGGCCAGUUCACAAACCCUGAGACCCCGGGCUAUGUGGGUUUCGCUAAUUUGCCAAAUCAGGUUCACCGCAAGUCCGUGAAGAAGGGAUUUGAGUUCACUCUGAUGGUGGUCGGUGAAUCUGGACUGGGGAAGUCUACUCUGAUCAACAGUCUAUUCUUGACGGACCUCUACCCAGAGAGAGUCAUCCCUGGAGCAGCAGAGAAGAUUGAGAGGACGGUCCAGAUUGAGGCCUCCACGGUGGAGAUUGAGGAGAGAGGAGUGAAGCUAAGACUCACUGUCGUGGACACUCCGGGAUAUGGAGACGCCAUCAACAGCCAAGACUGUUUCAGCACCAUCAUCAGUUACAUCGAUGACCAGUUUGAGCGCUACCUCCACGAUGAGAGUGGACUGAACAGAAGACACAUCGUCGACAACAGAGUCCACUGCUGCUUCUACUUCAUCUCCCCCCUGGGACAUGGACUCAAACCUCUGGAUGUGCAGUUCAUGAAGGCCAUUCACAACAAGGUGAACGUGGUGCCGGUCAUCGCCAAAGCAGACACCCUCACCCUGAAGGAGAGGGAGAGACUCAAGCGCAGGAUUCUGGACGAGAUUGACGAACACGGUAUCAAGAUCUACCACCUUCCUGACGCCGAGUCCGAUGAAGAUGAAGAUUUUAAAGAGCAGACCCGGAUCCUGAAGGCUAGUAUCCCGUUUGCAGUGGUGGGCUCUAACCAGCAGAUCGAGGCUAAAGGGAAGAAGGUGCGUGGGCGUCUGUACCCCUGGGGCGUGGUGGAGGUGGAGAACCCAGAGCACAAUGACUUCCUCAAACUCAGGACCAUGCUCAUCACACACAUGCAGGACCUCCAGGAAGUAACUCAGGACCUGCACUACGAGAACUUCCGCUCGGAUCGGCUGAAGCGCGGGGGCAGGAAUGGCCCGGAGCCGGAGGAAAUGGACAAAGAUAUGAUUCUGCAGGAGAAGGAGGCUGAGUUGAGACGGAUGCAGGAGAUGAUUGCCAAGAUGCAAGCCCAGAUGCAGAAACAAGGAGAUGACCUUUGAGCCGCUGCCAGACUUGGUCCAGACGAGUCCUGGACCGUUACUGCCUCUAUCCUGCGUCAGCCCACAGUGGGAUUUCCUUUGUACAACAUAUAGUCUAUUCACAAUGUUUCUUUAUCCUUGUUACUUGCUUUAACAACCUUUUUUUAUUAUUAUUUUAUGAAACAGUCAAAUGAAGUAUCGCCACCUGACUUUUUAAAAAUGCUGUUACUUUUAGUGUCCUUAUUUACGUUUGAAAAACCAAAGUCUUGCUGCUUGUGCUUUGGGUCAUCUGGCCUUAAGCGCCUUUGCUCUUCAAAGGGCUCAAUUGGGAGUAGUGUAUUUGAUAACACUUUAAAAUAACUAUAGUUUUAACAGCCUCCAAGGUGUAACUUCUUUUGCUGUAGGGUCUUGCUGGGUAGGGUUUUGCUGCAACCUUCUUAUGUCAUAGGUUUGCCUGAAAUGUUCCACACUUUGGCAUUAAAAGUAUCUAUAUCAGUGAAGACAAGCAGGUGAUGCUACUAUGUUUUUAGCUAUAAAAAACCCCUAAUAGAAUAGGUUAAUUAGAGAAGUUUAAUGCCAUUCUGUGUAACAUUUCAGGCAAAGUGGUUAUAUCUCCAUGUAGACAAACAGGUGGCAGACCCCCUGACCAGGAAAGUUUCAUAGUGCACCUUUAAUAAAGCAGUAACAAAUGCUUAAUUCAUUUGAAUAUUGAGAAUGAUUCAGGCUUACCAACUACUUCAAGGUCUUGUUCCUGUGAAACAUGAAAAACAGGACUAGUUCAUUUUAAAAGAUUUGCAGUGAUCCAAAGUUAUUCCUCAAUCAACAUAUGCAUUCCAAGCAUCCUAAUUAAUUAUCUCUUUUCACAACUGAGACUAAAGCAGAGUUUUGCCAUCACAGCAAAGCUAACAUCUAACAUGCUAAUGUGCACUUCCUGGUUAUCAGACAAUACAACACAGUGCACAGAGGAGUAAUUUUGACCUCAAGAGCUGCUUCUACAAUAUAUCUGUACUGGGACACAUUUUGCUCAAAUACAUCGGGUACAUGCCCUUUAAUACCCUGGCUCCUAAACAGUCGUUACUAAGCCUUCUUAAUAAUCCUUCUUAAUAAACUAUUUGUUCAGUAUGUAUUAAGUCUUUGUUGAUGCUUUAUUAAGGCUAAUUAAAGUGUAGUUUUUUUAAAGUGGCACCACCUAUUAAUAAAUUUGCCAACAAGACCUUGCAACAUAACAUUUGAAGUAUAUGUUUUGCAUGCAUUUGUCAACCCUGUCAUAUGUGGGGUGCAGUUUUACCUUUGUAAGAAACAGUAUUAUCAACACAUGAAUAUUCUGCCAUUUGAACCAUGCUCCUGUUACUGUACUGUCUAUUUUUGGUCAUGAAGUUACUGUUUACUGCCAAAUCCUGCAGGUAUGAGAUAAAAUGUUUAAUGUAGCCAAUGUUUCCCAGUCACCAGCCAAACGACAUUCCUACAGUCUGGUAGUUACAGAGAAAUUCCAAAUGCUUUUAUUGUAAUAAAGGUUUUAUUAAACUUUA